AGGGUCACGCGGGUCGGCGUCACGAAGCGUCGCGUGACACACUUAGCAAAUUGGUUAAGACUGGCUCACUUGUAAUGUUGAUUGCUGAUUGCUUUCUUGAUCGGUGACAAUUCAUACUGAGCUAGUGGCCCGUCCCGGAUUCGCUCGGAUACGUUAAAUAUAAAACCGUUAAGUGAGGAACAGUGGUCUCCAGAGACGCCGAACGGCUUGGAGGCCACUGGGCUCGAGGGACCGCCCGCGCCGGCUGACAUGGCGUCCACCUCGAGCGAGGAGCGAGCGAUGCGCCGCGUCGUCGGCCGCUGGGGCGCCGAGUGGUUGAGCUGACUCGGCUCGGUAUCGAAGCCCGCCGGCCCGCUAUGGCCGGCAGACCACCCCCUCCCGCCGCCGCGGUGGGGGGCCCCUCGCCCGGCUUUGCACCUAUCCCUACAGAAGUACGAGGAUUUGGUCGCUAAAGCCGAGGCGCUGUUGAGCCGACUCGUUGUUUACGAAAACUACGACUCUGUCAACAACUUCCUGACGCUCUAUGACUCUUACAUGGCCGCUCCCGAUGAUAACCUCCACGGGUUCUAUCAGAAAUACAAUCCCCCGAUUCGCCCUCGUAAGAACACCUGCGUCGGCUUAGGGAUGGAAGUGAUGAAAAAGCUAAAAGUAUUGGAGAAAGAUUUCCCUGGGAUCACAAAGUCAAUGAUGCUCGUAUCUUGUGACGAGAAUAUUCAAGACUUGAAGGAUUAUGCUACGUCCAGCCCCGGUCCCCAAGGAUUCUUGAUUGAAACGGAGAAGGACCACGUAAUGGUUGCGAUCCACGUGAAGAUCGGAGACAGAGCUGGUGUGUUCCUGUCAGAUUUGGGCUAUCACAUCGCACGAGUCGUCACCGUGAUGGCAGAUCGGUGUUACCCUCAUACUGGUUGGUUCACCCAGUCCGACCAGCCUCAUUGCCGUAAGGACUAUAACUACCAGUUCAACCUCCACAACAACAACUACAUCGAGUGGCACGAGCGGGAGACCAGGGGGAAGGUAGUCAAGGAGCGACUCUCCCUGGUCUACGUCGCCAAGGCUUAUCUGUCUGCUGUCAACGUCACUGAGAAGAGGAACUUGGUGUGGGAUUUGAGGAGUUUACUGGCCAGGGACCCGAAGGGUAACUUGACCGCAGGCAUAUACUUUCCCUUGAAGCCUAAGACCCAGGAGUUCACCAUAUUCUUUGACAGCAACACCGGCAAACAGAGGAAGAAGCUGAAGUUCGAAACCUUCUUGGAGCUUCAAAAGAUCCCUGACGCCGUCGUGGAGGAAGUAGACCAGUGUAACGACCAGCUCCGCCUGAGGGACGGCGAGCUGCUGUCCAUCCUCAAACGACUGGCGCACAUCAUGGCCGAGGAAGAGUACAUGGCAGAACUCCUCGACGUCAACAGCAAAAUCGUCCAGCUUUCCGCUGGUAACUAAACCAUCUGGAACACAUGCUCCUAAAAAAAGAGAUUUAGAUUGCCGGAAUUUUUGACAACUCUUUUAUCUAUUAGAGUUGACGUCAGGAAGAUUAUUAACUUCUAAACUAUCAUUUUAGAGAUCUUUGUAUUGUUACGUGUUACCUAUCAUCUUUAUUGAACAGUAUAUCUUUUUUCUAACUAUUAUUAUUUUAAGUAUACAACUAUUGUUAUUUUACAUCAAUUUCUUAACUAUCAUUGUAUUUCACAUCUUUAUUGAUCAGUAUUUCAUUAUCAUUUAGUUAUAUUGUAUUCUACAUGGGUUCAUUAUUUCAAUCACUGUAAUUUCGUGUAGUCGUGUAUGUCAUAUCUAAACUGAAACGAUAUCGGCUCAGCGGGGAAAUAAAAGAUAAAAUUCAA